AAAGCCAAAAAAAUGGAAGCUAAGAGGCUAGUAACUUUGAUUAUUCUCUUGUUCUCUGCAUCAUUGAACACAAUCGUCUUCGCUGGGUUAACAUACUAUAACGAAUCACUCAAUACCAAGAUAGGAGAAGCGGUUUGGGAUAAUCAAAAGGUGGUAAGAAAUGUGAGGGCUGCAGUAAAACCUAGCAUCUCACGCCCUGCGCGUCAACGAUCAAGUCCGUGGAGUGGUUCGAUCAUUGAGGCAUUUUUCCGGUAACUAGCUUCAUGUAUUUGACAACACUAUGAUCAGUUCAUAUGUGCACUGUUUCAUAUUCUUAAUAAAUUCUUCUUGAGUGGCACAAUAUAACUUUUAAGUUUUUAAUCGGUUGGGCAUAGACCUCCCCGUUUGGUAACCCCAUUGGUUUUGAAUCAAAGAUUUCAGAUUUUCUGGGUAUUUCAGUUUAGGAGUUUAGUAUCCGUACAGAUAAUUGUACAGAUCGAGCGAAUUCAAAUUACUUUGAGUUUGGAUAUCUAAGAUAUACCCGAAAUAACCAAAUAUAGUUGGAGGGCGGAUACAGUAGGUACGAUUCGUUUCAAACCCACUUCCAAUCGAACACAUCACAAUUGUUCCCACUCUUGUGAAGACACACAGCCCUGUUUUCGUUGGUGCUAAACUAGCACUGCUAAUGAGUAAUCUUCUCUCCAGACCCAACAUGGAGCUACUUUUUUUAAAUAUCAUA